GUCAUUUGCAACAAUAUGAAUGGAACUGUAGGUUCCUUUGAAAUGGAGAAUUGAGAUAGUUUCCCUUCAAAGUGACUAUUGAUAAAUAAUGACUCUGCCCUGCCAUUUCCCAAAAAUAUUCCUAUUUUUUACUUCCAACUUCCUUUGAACUUUUACUGAGAGAUGUUCUUCCUUUCCCUUCUUUCCUAAUCAUGACCAUGUUUCUGUGUUUCUGUGUGUAUCACAUCCUUAAGCAUCUUUUGUAGGGCUGAAUGGGUGGUGACAAAUUCUUUCAAUUUUUGUUUGUUAUGAAAGGUCUUUAUUUCACCUUCAUUCAUAAAUGAGAACUUUGGAGACGUAGACCAAUGGGGAGCCCCGGAGGUAAGCUGGCGGCCAACAGGGAGCUGUGCCAUGUGCGGGGUGGUGGAAUGGCACCGAGUCUGUGUGUACGUAGGUUGCUUUAACAAUGGGCAUCGGAGUGAGUUGGCUAUGGCCUCUAACUUUAAGAAGGGAAAUAUAACAUCUAGUGCCCAGCGGAAAAGGAUGAGUCCUAAGCCUGAGCUUACUGAAGAGCAGAAACAAGAAAUCAGGGAAGCUUUUGAUCUCUUUGAUGCUGAUGGAACUGGGACCAUAGAUGUUAAAGAACUUAAGGUGACAAUGAAGGCCCUGGGGUUUGAACCCACGAAAGAAGAAAUCAAGAAAAUGAUAAGUGAAAUUGAUAAGGAAGGCACUGGAAAAAUGAACUUUAGUGAGGUUUUGACUGUGAUGACUCAGAAAAUGUCUGAGAAAGAUACCAAAGAAGAAAUUCUGAAAGCUUUCAAGCUCUUCGAUGAUGAUGAAACUGGGAAGAUAUCAUUCAAAAAUCUGAAACGCGUGGCCAAGGAGUUGGGCGAGAACCUGACAGAUGAGGAGCUACAGGAAAUGAUUGAUGAAGCUGAUCCAGAUGGAGAUGGAGAAGUCAAUGAGCAAGAGUUCCUGCGCAUCAUGAAAAAGACCAGCCUUUACUAAGAUCCAUGUCGCCUUUUCUACUGCAAACACACCUAACUAGAUUUAGUGCCUGCCAUUGUGUAAAAUCUGGCUUUUGAGAACACAAACUAUUUUCUCCCACACUGACCUCCCUACAUAAUUUUAGUUAUGGCCUCUAAUCUAUUUCAGACUUUUAAAGUGUUCUUUGAUACUCAAACUCUUUGUAAAAUGACCUGCUGAUUACUUGAGUUCUCCAAAGCAGAAUAAGAGCACAUUGGAGCAGAAAAAAGGGUCUUAAAGCAUUGGCCACCUUCCAUUUUGCCUUGCAUUGCUUCGCUCUUGUCAUAUAUUUCACAAAGAAGCACACUGAAUGACUACUUAGACAAGCACAUGUUGUACCCAUGUCACUAGAAGCACUGGUGGUUUUUCAGUGGUUCUUGUUUCCAGUUGAUACUAAAGUGUAAUCUUCUCUUUUAUAAAACCCAGUGAACUCUUGCAUUGGCAUUUGGAUGUAUGUUAAUGCUAUUUGUUUUGUCUUAAAAAUAAAACCUUUCUUAGUCUGGAAAAGAAAAUAAAUGAGAGCUUUGCAGGAUAUGAUAUUCUGGGUUGAUUUUUUUCUCUUAAGACUUGGAAUAUAUCUCGCCAUUAACUCCUAGUCUGUAGGGCUUCUGAUGAGAAGUCCAAUGUGAGCCCAAUUGGAGAUCCUCUGAAAGUUAUCUGGCAUUUCUCUUGUGCAACUUUUAGAAUCUUUUCUUUAUGUUUUACUGUAGUGAGUUUGAUAACAAUGUGUCGUGGUGA